CCAUUGGCUCGUCUUCGGUGGAGGGGCGGGACCUGCAGGCAAGAUAAGUAGACAGAGGAAGCGCCUGAUGACCCGCUGAAACUUGGAGUCCAUUGACGUUAUUAGUUGGUCCUUUUCAUUCGGAAUAACGCAGAGGAAAGGAAAACAGCUAAGUGCAGGUGACACCAUGGUGACAGAGGGGGAGCCAACAGAUUUUGUUAAAGUGUUGCACCUCAUGGUUCUCUCUUUCACCUGGGGCAUGCAGCUUUGGGUUUCCUUCAUUGCAGGCUUUGUGUUGAUUCGGCAGGUAACUCGGCACACCUUCGGCCUGGUGCAGAGUAAGCUUUUCCCAGUGUACUUCUACUGCGUGCUUGGAAGUAACUUUGUCAGCCUGGCUGUGUAUGCUGUGUACCAUCCCAGAGAGUUGCUGGACUGGCAUGAAAGUGUACAGAUGCUUCUGUUCUUCGUGGCGCUGAUCACUGCAGGUCUGAACGCCCAGUGGUUUGGCCCAGAGACCACUGAGUUGAUGUUCUUGAUGAGGGAGAUAGAGAAGGAGCACAACCUCGGGGAAGAGAUCGGCCUGGGCAGCCAGAAAGAGGCUUACGCCAAGCUCAAAGAACAGGAUCCCAAGUACAAAGCCUACAGGAGCAAGUUUGGCAGUUACCAUGGGUUGUCCAGCCUCUGCAACCUGAUAGGAUUCCUCUGCACCACAACUAAUUUGGUCUACACAGCUUUGAAUUUAGCCACCAUUUAAAGACAAUGUUUUAGUUAUUAAAGAACCAAAAUGCCGUGCACACUUUUGUACUUUGUUAUCUAACAGUGUUUCUGGUUCAGAACACUGAUAAAUGUGCAGGAUUUGUUGGUUCUUUUAUCACUUUAUGAUACAGUAGGAUUAGGACACACACUCAUACGACUUGGAUUGGAAGUACUUUAGUUUACAAAAAUCAUUUUGCCAACUGUUUCUCUAUCAUAUCAGUGUUGAAUAUGAAGUGUGAAUCAUAAAUAGCAGUAUAUGUGACAUUUUGCAAAUGUAAUUACAGAGAAUUCUGCAUCACUUUAUCUGCCCCAAGUGUCCUUAUGUGCAAGAACUAUCUCCAGUGAGCAUGCAGAACUCAUCAUGUGCUGUUCACUGCUGUCAGUUAAGCACUCUUAACCUUUUUGAUUACAAAAUGGGUUUUUU